UAUCAUUCUGCUAACUUACAUGUAAACCUACAAAAUCACAUUGAAUCAAUACACAACCAUCAAGAGCCACAGAGUCCGGUCCGAGUACCGAAACAUCCUUCUCGCACCACAAAACCGGUUUGCUGGUUCAACCGGAUACACGGAAGACACGUUUGGUUCAACCGUCAGCAGCCCACACCAUGCGAACAGAACUGGCUCAUGAUGCGGUCCGGUUUUGAAAACAUUGGUUAUAACUACUUGUUGGUCUAAAACUAAAGGUGGUAAAACUAAGGGUUUUGCCAGAGUGGCAAGUUGGGGUGUAAACGAGUCGACUCGAGCUUGACUUGUUUAACUCAAGAUAGUUUGAGCUCGGCUUAUUUCGAGCUCUAUUUUAAAGCACGAGCUUGGCUUCUGAGUGGUUUUUCAAACUAGAGUUUGGUUUAGGCUCGACUCGAUUAUUAUAUACUAGUUAUUUAAUUAUUUUAUAUGUGUACAUAUUUAAUUAAUUUUAUAUAUAAUUGUAACUAUACGUAGCAUAUAUAUGUUAUUUAGUUACUUUUAUUAUAACAUUAUAAAUUAUAAAUAAUAAUAAUAAUAAUAAUAAUAAUAAUAUAAAUAUGUAUUUAUACAUUAAAUAAAAAUUAUAUAAAUAAUAUGCUUUUUAGUACGAUAAUUGGAGUUUGAGCUCAAACUCAUUUACAAACCGAGUUUCAGCAGAAAAGCUCGAACUCGAGCUCUUUUAACCAUGACCAGUUUUAUGCUUUUAUUUGAGUCGAUUUCUUGCGUCUCACGAAUGGCUUGGUUAUUUUACACCCUAUCCGCAAGAUUCUAUGCGAUAAUAAUACGAAAAAAAAAUCGACAAAAGUUACUAAAAAGAUUGAAAAAUAUAUUAUUUUGGUUUCUUUAAUAUUUUUAAAAUGUGCAAACCGUCUAUUUUAUAACAUUCUUAACAGUUAUUACUUUCAUUUUCAAAAUAUAAAAAUCAGUUAUUUAAACUCAAAUAUUACUAACCCCCAAAAAAAUAUUUUUUCUUCAAUUAUAUUGGAUAUCAAUAAUUCACACCCUCCAAUCAAAUACAUCCACGUCAGACAACCGGAUAGAUAACAUUAUCCACGUGGACAGAUAUUAUCAAUCCACAAACCACACAAAUUGAACCAAAAAACCAACCACAUCACUUUAUAACCUCACAUUUCUCUACACAACACCAAAACCUCAAAAACCCAAAUGGCAUCUGUAAUUUCAUCUGCUGUUUCAGUCCCAUCAUUCACCGGCCUGAAGGCCGUUGCCACAAGGGCCAACACAGCCGCCACAAACGUUAAGGUGGCGGCUGCUGGCCCUAAACUUUCAGUGAAAGCUUCACUGAAAGACGCAGCAAUUACAGCUGUCGCUGUUUCAGCCAGCGCGUUGCUAGCAAGCAACGCGCUGGCAUUUGACGUCCUGUUGGGGGACAAUGACGGUGGACUGGCAUUUGAGCCGUCCACCUUCAGUGUCCCCGCUGGCGAGAAGAUUGUCUUCAAGAACAACCGUGGGUUCCCACACAACGUUGUUUUCGAUGAAGACGAGAUUCCUGCUGGCGUGGAUGCUGCCAAGAUUUCGAUGGGUGAAGACGAUUAUUUGAAUGCUGGUGGAGAGGAAUACUCGGUGACGUUGACCGAAAAGGGGACUUACAGUUUCUACUGUGCACCACAUCAAGGUGCUGGUAUGGUUGGCAAGGUUACUGUCACAUAAGUUUUAGUGAUUGUUGUUGUAUCUCAAUAAAUCGAAAAAAAUUGGUUUUGUAAAGAGUUUAAUAGCCCAAUAUUUUCCGAUCUCUAUUAUGUUGGUUUGAGUUUA